UCCGACGGAGGGGAAGCUUUCAAUCGCGCCUUUUCGACCUUUUCCUUUCGUCGCCCACCUUUCUUUUCUUUCCACGCUCUCCUAUUCGCGUGCUUUGGCUCUUUCUCCUCGCGCCCACCAAGCACCAACGCUCGCGUACAAGCGCCAGCUCCCACUCCCAAUACUACAAGCAAAACCCAUCAUAAACAAUAAUUGGAAGCCAUAAAAAGAGCAGAUUUAGUGAUCUCAUCGCCACAUAUCAUCUCAAUUCCUCUCUCUUCUACCUGUUCCUUCCUUCCUGUUGGCGUUUUUGUCUUUGCGCUUGUCUCUCAUAAAAAAAAAUUGUGCUGAGGAUGGAGUUUCUGGCUUGAACUGAGGUUUUCUUCCUUCAGUACAGAGCUUUUUCUCGAGGAAUUUGUAGGAAUCAUGGAGAACAAGACGUGGUUGUGGAAGAGGAAGUCUGCAGAGAAGAACAUUGAGAAAGAGAAGAACCUGGAGUUGGAGAAAUCUGUAGAAAGCUUGAAUGAACAAGUAACAUCGGCUCGCAUCGAGUCGACUGCUAAAGAUGACCUUUUGGCAAAGCAAGCAAAAGUAGCCGAGGAAGCAAUUGCAGGAUGGGAGAAAACAGAAGCUCAAGCACUUUCUUUAAAGCAACAAUUGGAUGGUGUUUUGCUUCAGAAGAAAACUGCAGAAGAAAGAUUAGUUGCAAGGGAUACAGAAUUGCAAGAAUGCAUGCAACAGCUGCGUGGUGUUAAGGAAGAGCAGAAGCUCGUAGUUAACAACGCUUCCUUGAGAAUAGCGAGAGAGCAGGAGAAGACUCGCAUGCUGGAACAAAGGCUGGUCGAGACAGACAAGAAGCUCUCUGAAUUGGUCGCUGAAAAUGGAAACCUGAAAAGGAUUCUCGAGGCCAAAGUACAGUCGCUCGCAGAAUUGAAUGAAGCUAAAUCAAAGCUAGAAGAAAACUUCACCGACGUGAUGUCCAGACUCGAUGCUUCAGAGAAACUCAAUGCGUCUCUUCAGUACGAGGUCUGUAUUCUUCAGAAGGAGCUUGAGAUUCGAAAUGAGGAACGGGACUUCAAUCGGCGAUCAACUGAUGCUGCUCACAGGCAGCACCUAGAGAGCAUCAAGAAGAUUGCAAAGCUUGAAGCUGAGUGCCAGCGGUUGCGGGUGAUGGUUCGCAAGCGUUUGCCAGGCCCAGGAGCAUUAGCUAAAAUGAGAAACGAAGUCGAGGUGUUGGGUUAUGAUUCAUCGACCAAGGAUGGAUCUUCCAUUGCUAAGAGACUCCAUGCAAUCGAAAACGAAAACAAGGUUCUCACAGAAUCACUGACCAAGAAAACCAAUGAACUUCAAGCAUCACGCAUCAUGUUGGCACGUACCGCAUCCAAGCUCUCUCAAGUGGAGACCCAACUUGAGGAUUUAUCUAAAGGAAAAGCAGGCGGAAACGAAGAUAAUCUUAGUCGCGCAGAGUCAUGGGCUUCUGCUCUGAUCUCUGAGCUUGAGCACUUCAAGAGUGGGAAACCAACUGCGCCAUCAUGCAAAAGUGUUGCGGUAUCAGAUUUAAGCUUGAUGGAUGAUUUUGUUGAGAUGGAGAAAUUGGCAAUCAUUACUGUGGAUAAACAUUUUGAUACUUCACUCAGUGCCAUUGCUGAUAGCAAUUCAUGUGUCACCAUUAAAGAAUCAGAAGCAAAUUGCCGGGAUCUUGUUCCACUCAUGGAAGUAGUAUCGAGUUGCAAUGAGGCAAAUGAGGGGAAACAGUUCAAGUACUUGUCACUCGAGAACUAUCCUAUUUGGCUUCAGGACAUUCUGAGGGUUAUCAUACAAAAGCAUCAUAUCAUGCAAAAAAGCUUCUGCUCCAUACUUGAAGAUGUUCAAAGUGCUCUCGGCAAUUGGGAUUCCUCCAUUGUCGCGAAAUCCUACAGCGAGAAAGUUAUGCAAACCAAAUGCACUUUGUCAGAUUUCUUCGAUGAAGGCAUCACCACAGACUCACGGUCUGACUUGGAGAAACCAGUUUGCAAGCUUGUUGAACUAGUUGAAGGGAUGAUUCAGAAAUGUAGGGAGAGCAAAACUGGUCAAAGCUUAUCAUCAGGAAAUGAAUAUUUAGCUCGAACAUUUCUGUGGGAAAUCUCUGAUCUCACUACUGUUUUGCAGAAUUUGAUAGCAGCAUGCAAGGAUCUGUUGACUGAUAAGAUUGAUCUUCAAAAGUUGAUAGAUGAGGUUUCCUCAACACUGGACGUGAUCAUAAGUCAUUCUUUUUCAAUUCAAGAUGUUUCAGACAUGAAAGCGACUAUUAGGAAACAUAUGGUUGCAGAUGAACUAGGCAGUGAACAUGUGCUUAAAUCUGUAUCGGUAUCAAAUGCUCUACACAUCUUGUUCAGAAUGGAAGAUAUGGAAUCCAAGCUGAAGGAUGAAAAUGUUCGACUAAACUCCGAGAUUGUUAGCAUCAAGUCUAAAAGGGAAGAUUUAGAGGACAUGCUAAAAACAUCCGGCGCCAAUAAUGAAGCAUUGAAAGCUCAACUCCAGGAAUCAGAAGCAAGCAUUUCCAAUCUACAGAAAGAAAUUGAAAAUUUUAAGGAAGCCAAGGAGCAGAUUGAAGAACAGAUUGCAAAUCAAAUAUCGAUUAAUGAAGACCUUGCGACUCAGUUAACACUUGCAAGGGCUGAAUUGAAUCAAGCUCUUCAAAAGUUUACAUCCCUUGAAAUCCAACUUGCACAGAGAAGCAACUGCUGUGAAGAACUGGAGGAAACUUGUCUUGAACUACAGCUAGAGUUAGAAAGAGCUUCAUCUGAAGAAACUCCGAAGUAUAUCAUGCGCCCCGAAGAUAAGCAGCAAAUUCCGACGGAAUGUGAUAUAAUUGCAGCUACAGAAAAACUUGCUGCUUGCCAGGAAACCAUCCUAAAUCUUGGGAAGCAGUUGAAAGCACUGGCAUCAGCAGAAGAUGGCCCUUUGUUCAGCAAUGUAUCAACUACUACUCCCAAGUCCAACAAUCAUCGCCUGCAGUUAAUCGACCAUAUGAGCAAAGAGGGUCAUUCAGAGUCCUGCGAUCCAUCAGUGAGCGAUGAAGUUCAUAUGUCACCAGAGAAUCUUUCUGACAAACACAAAGGGGAUCCUGAUGAAAGAAAGCUUAUGAUAGUGGCCAAGAAACAAGACGCAGGAGCAAGUUUGCUGAGAAAGAUUCUGAUGCAAAGGAGACGAAAGGGCAGCACAAGGCUUGAACUUCCAGUGGGUGCUCAAUAGCAGCUUUGAAUCCUUCCAUUAAUCAACAAGCAAGUAUAUUUUGUAAGAAAGAGACAAGAAUGGUUGAGGUUUACGCUUCCAACUUAAAGAUAUCUUCUUUGUAUGUAAAUUUUCA